GGGGAGGGGGCGGCAGGGUGGGGGCUGGGGCGCCGGCCCGAGAAGUGGGAGGGGACAGGUUGGGGGGUGGUCUCUGAGGAGGAGCCAGGCCCGACUGUAUUGUUCCACACUCGCCGCCCCCAGCGCGCGGCGCCGGCCGGGGAGGGCGCGCGGGGCGCGGGGCGCUCGGCUUCCCGGGUGGCCCCCGCCGCCGGACCCCGCGACGAGGCCCGAGGCUGCCAGCGCGCGCGGAGACGCCUCUGCCGGGUCGUCGGGCUCCGGGGCAGGGCCUGCUCAGGUGGGGCGCGGGGAAGGGAGGCAGCCGGCGCCGGUGGGGCCGGGACCCCUGCGCUGCGGGAGCGGGAAGUCCCCGCGGGCCGCCCCCCGGCGCGCAGCCCCCCCGGGUCCGCGGGCCCGGAAGCCGGGGGGAGGCGGCGCGGGAGAGCGGCCCCCGCCUCACCUCCGCCGCACCCCGCGCCCCGCAGCCGCCGGGAGCCGCCGCGCGGAUGCCGGGGCGCCCCUCCCUAGCGGGGCGCAGCCACCUCGUCUCGCGCCCGGCCGUCCGCAUGGGGGGCGGAGGGUCGGCCCUGAGGGUCUGCGCCGACCACCGCGGGGGCAUCAACUGGCUCAGCCUGAGCCCGGACGGGCAGCGCCUGCUGACGGGCAGCGAGGACGGCACGGCCCGGCUCUGGAGCACCGCGGACGGCCAGUGCUGCGCACUCCUGCAAGGGCACGAGAGCUAUGUGACCUUCUGCCAGCUGGAGGACGAAGCUGCCUUCACAUGCAGCGCUGACCACACCAUCAGGAAGUGGGACGUGCGCACUGGACAGUGUCUGCAGGUCUUCCGAGGACACACGUCCAUCGUGAACAGGAUCCUGGUCGCCAACAACCAGCUCUUCAGCAGCUCCUACGACCGCACAGCUCGAGCCUGGAGCGUGGACGAGGGGCAGGUGUCCCAGGAGUUCCGGGGCCACCGCAACUGCGUGCUGACCCUAGCCUACUCUGCGCCCUGGGACCUGCCUGGGGCUCCGUGCGCCGAGGAGGUUGGGGGGCUCCUGGUGACGGGCAGCACGGAUGGCACGGCCAAGGUGUGGCAGGUGGCCAGCGGCUGUUGCCACCAGACGCUGCGGGGCCACACGGGGGCCGUGCUCUGCCUUGUGCUGGACACGCCCAGUCACACCGCCUUCACCGGCAGCACCGACACCACCAUCCGUGCCUGGGACAUCCUGAGCGGGGAGCAGCUGCGGGUGUUCAGGGAGCACCAGGGCUCUGUCAUCUGUCUGGAGCUCGUGAACCGGCACGUGUACUCGGGCAGCGCGGACAGGACGGUCAAGUGCUGGCUGGCCGACACCGGGGAGCGUGUGCGCACGUUUGCGGCCCACCGACACAGCGUGAGCGCCCUCAAGUACCACGCAGGCACCUUGUUCACGGGCAGCGGGGACGCCCGCGCGCGCGCCUUCGACGCCCGCUCCGGAGCGCUGCAGAGGGUGUUCCGCGGUCACGCCUUCGUCAUCAACUGCAUCCAGGUAGGCGUUCCCCGCCCGGCCCCUGGGCUCUGCGUCGGCGGGGAGGGCCAGGCCGCGCCCCACCCCGGCACCCCGAGGCCGGGCUCCCCCGGCGGCGAGGCCGCCGACAGUUGCGGGCACCGCGGAGGGGAGGGCGGCCCGGGCGCCCCCGCAGCGCCGCCCCACGCGCCGCCCCGCGCCCGCAGGUGCACGAACAGGUGCUCUACACCGCCUCGCAUGACGGCGCGCUGCGCCUCUGGGACGUGCGCGGCCUCGCGUGCGCCCCGCCGCCGCGCCCCGCCGCCCCCGCGCGCAGCCGCUCCCGCCUCUUCAGCAACAAGGUGGGCUGCGCCGCCGCGCCCCUGCAGCCCGCCUGAGCGCCCCGAGACCGCGGGCCGACCACCCCCGCCCUGGGCGGGGCUCCGUGGACUUCUGAAGCCCCCUCCCGUCCCGUGGACGGCGACCGUGCUCGCCCUCGGGGACCACGUCUCUGUCCCCACCCCCUCCAGACCCAGCACCCCCCCCCCCCCCCCGCCGCAGAGCUGGCCUGCACUCAGGUCUGCACCUGACUCAGCGGGACCCUCCCGACCCAGGGUCUGCCGCCACACAGCCCCCAGAGCCUGAGGUCCCCAGAAGCCAAGCCCGUCCUGAAGGGAAAUGGGAUUUCUUCAAAAAGCCGCCCAGCCGCAGUUGUCAUUGGUUUGGCAAACUGUCUUGAGGACACUAGUGAAGAACCGAAAUACACGUCCUUCCAAGUGCUCUGGAAUAUGGCUUUUGUUCUGCAAACUCUCGGCUUCCUGUCGGGGGGGGGGGGUUCCCGGAACCGGGGGCCUCACACACCCGGCCUGGGCCUGCCCCUCCUCGAGGGGCUGCGGCCCGAUGACCCCUGCAGUGUCACUCGUGUGGGGAGUGGCCACGGGAGAGGCCAGGGAGCAAGGAGCCGGCCCUUCGGCCCGUCUGGGUGACGACGGGGAUCCGUCACCCCUGCUUUGGAGCUCGCAAGUCCGCAUGAAUCGAGGGGGGCCCUUGCCUCCGGCCUGGGUCUGCGGUAGAAAGGCCGGGGCAGUAGCCGCCUGGCCGCGUGCGCCGGAGCCGGCCCGACGCUGCGCGCGGUGAAGGCGUGGGCAUCACUCCCGAGAGCAGCUGGAGUCCUCGCCCCGAGGGGCUUCACGGGGCAACGCGGCCCGGGCUCCGGAGAGGCCCCGACGGGAGCCGCCCCCAGCGGCCCUCUCAUCCCCCGAAGGGGGCGCUCUGCCAGCCCUCGCCUGGUGCGGGAGAGGCAGCUUGGCAGUGCCUGCGGCUGAGAGCUCAGCAUCUCGCCCGGGACGGGAGCCUCUGGUGCAGAGGAGCGGGCACCGCCCUGCCUUCACGCAAGAGCCGUUUCCUCAGCAGGAUGCGCGGCAGGACCCGUGUUCCCCGGGGUGGCCAGGUCCAGGCCUGACGGCGGGUCCCCCCCGCCCCCCCGCCCAUGAAUACAUACAGGAUUGGCACCGGGGGCAGUAGGAAGGGACGCGUACCUUUGUGACUGUGCUCUAGGCCACACCCCCCAGCCCUGGGAACCGGGGGCCUCCCCAGGAAAGCAGGCUGGCUGGCGAGAAGCCCGCGCGGCCGCAUCCUUGGCCUCGAGCGGUACCGGUGCUCCCGCCUCCGGGAGCCGUGCCUGGGGCGCGGGCUGCCUGGGGGGCCCGCAGCAGCGGCUGCAGCGGCUUGCCCACCGGCGGGGCUCCCGGGAGGGCCGGCAGACGGCCCACCUGGAGUACCCGCGCCAGGAUUUCCACUGCGCGGACGGAGAGGCGGCUUGAGUAACCAGACGCGCACCGACGCUCACAGUCGCUGCUGCGCUCCUGCUCCCACGUCACCUCAGAGGCCCCAUCUUAUCCACGCGCUAGGAUGCACCCGGGGAAAGAGCCCCGGGUGCGGAUCAUAGCACGCGAGCUGCUGGAGAUUGGCUCUCCGGCCUGCCUCUCCUGGAGAGAGUAGGAAACGGAAACCUGUUUGUCGUUUGGUUUUUGUAUUCAUACAGCAGAAUAAAUUUGGGUGAUUUUUAUUUCUACAACACACAAGACUUUGUUAGAUGUUGAGGGUGUUAAGACCAGAUGACCAGGUAUUCUUUGCCCUUGAUAAAUACGGCUGGAUGGGGGUGG